AUGCAAGUCGCAGCUACUUCGCGACAGUCGAGCCGUCGCGCCAGUGGUCUGCUCGGACGUCAAGUACAGCGAGAAUUCCUCCUCGAUGGCUGGGAGUCGGUUGGCACUGGUUUAAACCGCGUAACUGCACCCAAUGUUGUCAAACUCGACAUUCGAGACCAGGGAGAGAUUGAAAAGGCACUAGACAACACCAAACCCCUUGUUGUGGUCCAUUGUGCUGCAAAUCGCUUUCCAGACUCAUGCACUGCGAACCCUGAAGCAGCAAGAGCGCUCAAUGUGGAGUCAAGUCGCGCCUUGGCCCAGGCAACUAUAGCUCGAAACAUAUUCCUCAUCUACAUAUCCACUGAUUAUGUCUUUCCGGGGCGUCCAGGUGAGGCCCCUUACAAGGUCGACGCCACCCCAAACCCGCCAAAUGUCUAUGGCCAGACCAAGCUAGAAGGUGAAAAAGCUGUUCUUGAUGUUGCCACAAUGGCCAAUGCAAAAAACAAAGUCGUUGUCCUUCGAGUCCCUGUUCUCUAUGGAGCCUGUGACGAGCCCAAGGAAAGCGCAGUCAACGUACUCAUGUCGCAGCUAUGGAACGCUCAGCAGAUAGGCGAAGGCGAACCUAAGAUCCAAGUCGAUGACUACGCACUCCGAUACCCUACCAACACUCAGGAUGUCGGUAGAGUAUGUCGUGACAUAGCAAAGCUGUAUCUAAAUCCCGCCAACGCAACCCGUGAACUUCCCAGUAUCCUCCACUUCAGCUCAGAAGACCAGAUGACCAAAUGGCAAAUCUGCCAGACUUUUGCCGACAUCAUGGGAUUACCGCUCGACAACAUGGUGUCUUUCAAGCCUGAGGAAGAACCGAAAGACGGUACCAUUCGGCCCUACGACUGCCAUCUAGAUACAAGUGUCCUCCGGGAUCUGGGCAUCGACGUCUCGACCGUGAACUUUAGGACGUGGUGGAGACGCGAAGUCGGGGCAUUCCACUAACACAGCAAGCUUCGUCUCAGUUACAACAACUGCACUUUACAUUGAUAUCUCGAUAAACUGCUCAUCAGAUAUAUUCUAAGAUCCCGUAUACAUCAAUCCCGUGUACUAUCGCAAGGCUGUCUGCCUCAAAUGCCAAGGCCACAGACAACACCGGGGAUCGUCACACCCGUUGCCAGCAAAGCCACCCGCACCUGCAUAGUUACUUGAAAAAGGAAAGCAUGUAUCCACUUGCCGUUGCGUUGCUGCAAUCGUAUUGGACAGUGGACAGAUAACGUUAAUUGCUGUGUUCCCAGCGGUAUCGUUCUAGGCUACAUGAGGAACGUUGUCGCUAAACCAUUGGUCCACAUGCUUUACUGCGCCGCAGUAGACGCCUCGAGAUUUGGGGGCGCUUAUGCUGCGAUGAGCUGCGAAUAAGUACCUAUCGUGUCAACAUGUAGAAUGUAUCAAUUCAACUCCCGGGAU